AUGAAUCAUGCUGUCAGUGAUAGCCCAGGAGUAAGAGAGUGCCACUGUCUCUUUACAUAUAAUAAUUCUGUCUAUUUGUUUGGUGGUCAUAUUAAAUGGAAUACAUGGGCAGUAAACUCAUUCUUUCAUACUGCAAAAAUGCCAUUUAUAACAUCUUCAAUUCCAUGGGUAGCCCUUAAUACUACCAAUGCAGUUAACACUUGCGAUAUGACAUGUGUUGUUGAGCCUUCAAUGGGUUUGUUGUUAGUUAUUGGUGGGUCUUGGGCACAAGAUCCAGGUUAUGAAGGAUUACAAGUUUACAAUUUUAAAUCAAAUGUUUGGAAUGAAGCUCAGUAUUUAGUUGGAUAUCCUAGCGCUAUCGGUAUGGGAAUAUUUCAACCACGUUCUGUUUUAAUUGAACCAGGAAUUGUACUUAUUUGGGGUGGAACGCGUCAUCCUUCUACGCUCCGUGUUAUUUAUAAGUUGAAUAUGACAGUAACUCCAUGGAAAUGGGAGCCGAUAGUGCAAAAUAUGACGACUGUUUUAAAUUCCGUUGGAAUUUCUCGCUCAAGAGAAAGAGUAUUUAUUUUCGGCGGCAUAGAUAAAGUUAAUGUACCUUCUACAACUGUAGGAGAAGAG